UUUCCACUAAUCGUGUUGCGUCUCUUUGAGCGGCUCUCCGCAUUUGGAAAUAGUAAUGAAGUCGCGUUGACCUAGCAUCCACGAGACAGAGUUAACUUCUCAGAAUGCCCCAGGUGAAUAAGGCUAAGAGUGCUGCUUGCAGUUCAGGUCAGCAGUCUGGUAUGGAUUGGGGUGACCUCCAGCAGCCAGGAGAACAAGGGGCAUCAGAAUCAAACAGCAGGGAAAACGUUGGAGAUAUCAAAAUCGUCAAAUCGCCAAGUGAUCCCAAACAUUACAGGUACAUCGAGUUGAGCAAUGGACUAAGAGCACUACUCAUCUCAGACUUCAGUGGGACAGAUGGAAAUGCAAAUGCUGAAGAUAAUGACUCAGAAGAGGGUGAAAGUGAGGGAGCAGAGGAGGAAGAGGAGGAGGAGGGAGACUCUGGGGAGGGAACUGAAGAAGAGUCAGAAGAGGAGGAGGAAGAGCAGGACAGUGACUUUGAAGAACUUGAUGAGAACAGUGAAGGCAGAAGCAAAAAAGUAUCCUCUGAAAAACAGUCUGCAGCUGCCCUGUGCAUUGGAGUGGGAAGCUUUAGUGACCCAGAUGACCUACCUGGUCUGGCACAUUUCCUUGAACAUAUGGUCUUCAUGGGUAGUGAGAAGUACCCAGCAGAAAAUGGGUUUGAUGCAUUCCUGAAGAAACAUGGUGGUAGUGACAAUGCAUCUACGGAUUGCGAGAGGACGAUAUUCCAGUUUGAUGUGCAAAGGAAACACUUCAGGGAAGCUCUGGAUAGGUGGGCCCAGUUCUUCAUCUGCCCUUUGAUGAUCAAAGAUGCUAUUGACAGGGAAGUGGAAGCUGUUGACAGUGAGUAUCAGCUGGCAAAACCAUCUGAUUCCCACCGUAAGGAAAUGCUUUUCGGUAGCUUGGCCAAGCCCAAACACCCCAUGGGAAAGUUUUGCUGGGGGAAUGCCCAGACCUUGAUGCAUGAGCCAAGGGAGAAAAAUAUCGACAUCUAUCAAUGUCUGCGUGAGUUCUGGAAGAGGCACUACUCUGCCCACUACAUGACUUUGGCUCUUCAGUCUAAAGAAACUCUGGACACUCUGGAGGAGUGGGCGAGAGACAUAUUCAGCAAGAUCCCCAACAAUGGUCUGCCCAGACCUGACUUCUCUCACCUCCUGGACCCUUUUGAUACCCCAGCAUACAACAAACUUUACAGAGUGGUUCCUGUGAGGAAGGUGCAUGCUCUUACCAUCACCUGGGCGUUGCCUCCCCAGGAAAAGUACUACAGGAUAAAACCCCUUCAUUACAUUUCUUGGCUAAUCGGUCAUGAAGGCACUGGCAGCAUCCUUUCGUUGCUGAGGAAGAAGUGUUUGGCUUUGGCUCUUUUUGGUGGAAACAGUGAAACAGGAUUUGAUCAGAAUACCACCUAUUCAAUUUUUAGCAUCUCCAUCACUCUGACAGACGAGGGCUUCCAGAACUUCUACCAGGUAGCGCAUGUUGUGUUCCAGUAUCUGAAAAUGCUUCUGAAAAUGGGCCCUCAAAAAAGAAUAUAUGAGGAAAUUCAGAAGAUAGAGGCUAAUGAGUUUCAAUACCAGGAGCAGACUGACCCAAUUGAAUAUGUGGAGGAUAUCUGUGAGAAUAUGCAGCUAUUUCCCAAAGAGGACUUUCUCACUGGAGAUCAGCUGUUAUUUGAAUACAGUCCAGAGGUGAUCUCAGCAGCUCUGAACCUUCUGACCCCAGACAAGGCCAAUCUGCUGCUGCUGUCCCCGGAACAUGAGGGUCACUGUUACCUCAAGGAGAAGUGGUUUGGCACUCAGUACAGUGUUGAAGAUAUCAGCCAGGAAUGGCGGGACCAAUGGGCAGGAGAUUUCAGUCUAAAUCCAGACCUUCACCUUCCAGCUGAAAACAAAUUCAUAGCUACUGAUUUUACCCUAAAAACAUCAGACUCUCCUGACACUGAAUUUCCCGUCCAGAUUGUCAACAAUGGCAAAGGAUCCUUAUGGUUCAAGAAGGACACAAAGUUUAAGAUACCCAAAGCCUAUGCACGAUUCAGUUUAAUUUCUCCCUUGGUUCAAAAAUCUCCUGCAAACCUGGUCCUCUUUGACCUCUUUGUGAACAUCCUGGCCCACAACCUGGCAGAGCCGGCAUAUGAAGCUGACGUGGCCCAGCUGGAAUACAAGUUGGUGUCUGGGGAGCACAGUCUGGUCAUCAAGGUCAAAGGUUUCAACCAUAAACUUCCACUCCUGCUGAACCUGAUCGUUGACUACCUAGCUGACUUCACCGCAGCACCAGAUGUGUUCGCCAUGUUCUAUGAGCAACUGAAGAAGACCUAUUUCAACAUUCUCAUUAAGCCUGAAAAGCUGGGAAAGGAUCUGCGGCUCCUCAUUCUCGAGCACUCACGCUGGUCUAUAAUUCAGAAGUACCAGGCCAUCAUGAAGGGGCUCAGCAUGGCAGACCUCAUGGACUUUGUGUGCUGUUUUAAGUCUGAGCUCUAUGCAGAGGGACUGGUGCAAGGCAAUUUCACCAGCAGUGAAUCCAAGGAGUUUCUCCAGUAUAUUAUAGACAAGCUGCAGUUCGCACCCCUGUCAGCAGAGGUCCCAGUUCUCUUUCAAGUGGUAGAGUUACCUCUGAAUCCCCAUCUGUGCAAAGUGAAGUCUCUUAACAAAGGAGAUGCUAACUCGGAAGUCACAGUGUAUUACCAGUCUGGACCCAAAAGCCUGCGUGAUCAUGCACUUAUGGAACUUUUGGUGGUGAGUAAGUGUAGCAAACACAGAUUGGUAACCUGUCUGUACAUGGGCAAAUAUGUCCGUGGAAAAAUGAUUUGAUUGGG